GUCUGUGUUUGGUCGAUUGUUAGAAACUUUACCAAAUUUAUACAAAAAUUUCUCUCUCACCAAACAGAUACUUUUUGCCUGUAUUUAAAACACCUUUUUUUCUGCACCCAAAAAAAAAUAAAAUCAGAUUAUAAAUCUCAACCUUUUUCUCUCUGUUUCUCUGCUUCGGAUCCAUCCAGAACAGUCCCUUUAUUUGGCCAACAGUGCUUGUGACAUUUAUGAAAGCAAUAUAAUUGGGAUGCAGAAAGAUGGGAUUGUACAACAACGAUUACCUAUUGGAGGCUUCUGAAUUUCCAUGUGCAUUGGAAUUAGUUUGUUUCAUCCGUAGUGAUCUCAAUGAUGCUGCUCAGAAUACUCUUAACUUCUCGUGCCAGAUAAUGAACAGUGAAGCCACAACCCUUAAACAUCCCGACAUGCUGAAGCACAGUCUUGUUGGAGCCGGGUAAGCUCUGCAACAAGGCCUCUCCUGCCUGUUAAAAAAUCGAGUAUCAUAUCAGCAGGAGAAAGUAAGUUUAGUGGUUACAAGAAUUGUUGAUUCAAAUGGAGAAAAAAGGAAAUGUACUGAUGCAAAAAUAUGAUUUGGGGAGAUUAUUAGGUCAAGGCAACUUUGCUAAGGUUUAUUACGGAAGGAAUCUUGAAACGGGACAGAGUGUAGCCAUUAAGGUAAUUGACAAAGAGAAGGUUCUUAAGGCCGGACUGAUUGAACAAACGAAGAGAGAGAUAUCUGUUAUGGCACUAGUUGAACAUCCAAAUGUUCUACAGCUAUACGAGGUCAUGGCAACUAAAUCUAAGAUUUAUUUAGUCAUUGAACAUGCCAAAGGCGGUCAGCUUUUCAAAAAGUUGACAAAGGGGAGGCUCAAGGAAAAAUUAGCUAGGAAGUACUUUCAGCAAUUGAUUAGCGCUGUUGAAUGUUGCCACAGUCGAGAUGUUUAUCACCGUGAUCUGAAACCAGAAAAUGUGCUUCUAGAUGAGAAUGGAAAUCUUAAGGUAUCAGACUUUGGAUUAAGCGCCUUGGCCGAGUCUAAGAGGCAGGAUGGCUUACUCCACACAACAUGUGGAACCCCAGCUUACGUUGCACCUGAGGUGAUCACUCGAAAAGGAUAUGAUGGCGCCAAAGCUGAUAUCUGGUCUUGUGGGGUGAUCUUAUUUGUUUUGCUAGCCGGUUAUCUUCCAUUCCAAGACUCAAAUCUUAUGGAGAUUUAUAGAAAGAUAAAGCAGGCUGAGUUCAAAUGUCCUAAUUGGUUCCCACCAGAAGUGCGGAAAUUACUUUCUAAAAUCCUUGAUCCAAACCCUCGUACAAGGAUUUCCAUAGCAAAGAUAAAGGAAAGCUCAUGGUUUAAGAAAGGUUUGGAGUCUAGAAACGCGGUAACCAAAGUAGAAGAAAAGGAAAAGUUUAGCCUAGACGCCAACGCUACUAUUCAAGAUUGUACAUAUAACAGUAUCUCUCCCUCUGUGUCAAAGCUAGAGUUGCUAAAACCGUCAAAUCUAAAUGCAUUUGAUAUAAUCUCUCUUUCAAAUGGAUUUGACUUGUCCGGUUUAUUCAUAACAAAGGAUCAGAAGGAAGACUUGCAAUUCAUUUCCGCAAAACCUGCCUCUUCUAUCAUAUCCAAACUUGAGGAAGUUGGCAGGAAUCUAAAGCUGGAAGUAAUGAAGAAAGAAGCUGGAUCUAUGAGAUUAGAGGGAUCGGGUGAGGGUAGAUAUGGGACUUUGUCUAUCGAUACUGAAAUAUCUGAAAUUACUCCGUCCUUCCACUUGGUUGAGCUGAAAAAGUCAUAUGGUGAUAAGGUAGAGUACCAAAAGAUGCUGAAACAAGUUAUAAGACCUGCUCUGGAGGAAAUUGUUUGGGCUUGGCAAGGCGAGCAGCCAGCAAAUCGUUAGUAGAUGACACUAGAAAGAGCUUCUGAUCUCGUGACGUUUACUCUGUAAGUUGAUCUCACUUAAGUAUCAGUAUUUAACGUUCAACUUGUUCGUUUGGUUCUUGUUGUAAUUGUCGAUUUACUAUGUAUCAGCCUGUUUUUGGCCAUCCGUCUAAGCUUAAUAGAGA